AUGACUUCAGCGGCAAAGGCAACCUCCUUGCGCGUCGGUAUGCUUCUGGUACCACCCGUACAGCUGCUUGACGCCUCUCCCAUCGACUUGUUCGGCAUGCUGUCACCUGAAUAUCUCAAAGCAUGCGGACUACCUCAACCACUGUUAGACCUGGCCAUCCCUGUAUCGCUUCAUUACAUCAGUCAAUCCGGCCCAAAUUCGUACGCAUCAAUGACCUCAGACGCCACUUUGCCCGUCACCGAUUCUCUCACGUCGCCUGGAGUACAGCCGGGACAACUAGACGUCUUGCUCAUCCCAGGCCCAGAUCCAAGUCUCGUCCCAGAUGCUGCUGUCGUCGAUUUUAUCCGUGCGCAUCAGAAGAAGGGAACGACCGACUUCCUCGUCAUCUGCACCGGGAGUUUUCCCGCUGGCUAUGCCGGAUUAUUGGACGGGAAGAAAGUGACGGGCCCGAGGGGGCUAGUCCCCAAGCUGAAACAAAAGUUCCCAGCAGCGAACUUUGUUGAUCGAAGGUGGGAAAGAGACGGACGACUUUGGACUUCCGGGGGAAUAACCAAUGGUCUUGACCUUACGGCUGCGUACCUCCAUCACAAAGUCCAAAAGGAGCUUGCGGACCUGGUCUGUGCGAUGGCAGAUGUCGGUGACCGGUCCCAAGACUACGAGUCAGGCAAGGCAGGAAAUACGCUAUGGUGGAUUUGGCUCGUACUGCGAUCACUGGUCAAGAGCAAACCCAAGUCUAACCAGGGCAAGAAAGAGACCUGA